AAUGGCUUCAAUGAUGAUUUACUCAUUCAAACAUCGCGAUGCUUCACCAUUUGAUGAUAGGGACGUGGACUCCACCAGGGGCCAUUUUCACCGUAGAAUUCGACGACGAAGCCCUCACCCUCCGCCUCGUCAAGAGGACCGAAAUUCCCCACGAUGAGCCAAUCUCAUGGAUGACCUUUGAUCAUGCCAGAAAAAACAUCUACGGCGCAUCAAUGAAGAAAUGGUCAAGCUACGCCGUCAAAGCCCCAUCCGAAAUCACCCACUCCUCAUCCCAACCCAUGGGAGGUGAUCCCAAAUCCGCCUCCCCCGACACCAACACUCGAGCAAUCUUCCUCCUCGCGGCCCAAAAACCGCCCUACUGCGUCUAUGGAAACACCUUCUACGACCAUGCCCUCUACGGCAACGUCUUCUCCGUAGACGCCACCGGCGCGAUAGAAAAGAACAUUCAAAACUACGAGUACCAACCAAACUCUGGCAUUCACGGGAUGGUCUUUGAUCCCACCGAGACCUAUCUCUACUCCGCGGACCUACGCGCAAACAAGAUCUGGACACACAAGAAGAGCGCCGACGGAACCCUCAGCCUCGUCGGAAGCAUUGAUGCCCCGGCACCCGGCGAUCACCCGCGAUGGGUCGAGCUUCACCCCUCAGGCUACCUCUACGCCCUCAUGGAAGCCGGAAACAGAGUCGCCGUCUAUGUGAUUGACGAGGCCACACACAUGCCAGUCUUCACGCACAUCACCUACCCCCUCGUGCCGCCUGGCCUCCCCCUCAAAAUGUAUCGCGGUGACGUCGUCUUCAUGUCGCACAGCAAGAAAUAUCUCUUCGCGACAACCCGCUCCAACUCGUUCGACGUCACCGGCUAUAUUGCUGCAUUCGAGCUUGGACCCAAGGGAAACGUCAUCCGACAGAUCUGCCUCAACCCGACACCCACGAGCGGCGGACAUUCAAACGCCGUCAGCCCGUGCCCAUGGAGCGACGAAUGGAUCGCGUUGACCGACGAUCAGGAUGGAUUUGUCGAGGUUUACCGCUGGCGGGAUGAGUUUUUGGGGAGAGUGGCACAUUUAGAUAUCAAGGAGCCCGGGUUCGGUAUGAAUGCUAUUUGGUACGAUUAGAUGCGCCAGGAACCAUUUUGUAUGAUGCCAUUUCGGCUCUAGCUAGCCGUCAGGAACCAAUUAUGCCAUUUAUGAUAAUGUCAUCGGCUUUAAUCAGCCACCAG